AUGGCCGCAACCGUUCAGACUCUGGCUCCGCCCAAGAUCCGGGUGCACGUCUUUUCGAUGCGCAUCCGUCUGCACGACCUCUUUGAGGACUUUGACAAGCUGCGGUCGGGAUACAUCACCGCAGCACAGUUCCGCCGGUGCCUCGGCCAGGUCACCGACAAGGCCGUCGUUGCCCCGCAGUCGCCCCUCAACGAGGUCGAAUAUGCUGUGCUGAUCAAGCACUACGACAUCAAGCAGAACGGAACAGUCAACUGGAAAAUGUUUGUCGACAGCAUAUCGACUGUGGUCAAGCCGCUCCUCGAGCUUCAGCCACAAGAGCAGACUGUUCUAAAGGACGUCAUUGAGCGCCUGCGAUCCUAUGUCAAGCACCAUGGCAGCGACGUCAAGUCGUGGUUCAAGGACUUUGACAAGCACAACAAUGGCUACAUCACCGUCAACCAGUUUCGACGCGGCAUUCCGAGUAACCUCAUCUCGCUUGAGGAAGAAGACAUGCUUCUCAAGCAGUACAGCGACGAGAAAAAGACUGUCAACUACUUCAAGAUGAAUACCGAUGUCAACCGGAAGGUCAAGAAGCCAAAGCCAUUUUAUGCCCAGCUGGUCGAAAAGCUUCACACCAAAUCGGACCGCGACCACACCGUCCCGGUUGGCACUGAGGAGCUGCUUCAUGCCGUCACGCAUGAAAAGAUCAAGCCCUCUGUAGCUCUCACGGAGGAAAGAAUCAUGAGACAGACGCAGUUCAGGUCUGGACUCAGGCUCGCCAGCCUGACCUUCUUGGAAGAGGCUGAUAUCAAGUCUCUGAUUUCUGCCUAUCGUGAGCAUCAAGGGCGCAUUCAAUAUCGCAAGUUCUGCAGCCGGAUCAUCCAAGUAUUUACCGUCGAUCACCUUGAAAAGUAUCCAUUGUUUGAUGUGCAUCCACCACCGAGAGAGUAUCUGGUCCAGGGAACCAAUGAGCUCUCGCCAGAAGAAGAAGAAAGGUGCCAGCACGUCAUCGAGCGGCUCAAGACGCUCAUGCGGGAACGCCGAUUUCUGCUCGCACCAUUUUUCAAGGACUUUGACAAGUACCUCGGCAACAUCGGCCGCGUCACUCUGUCCCAUUUCAGUCGCCUCUUGUCUUCAAUGAAGCUGGAUCUCUCUGACAGCGAUCUCCAUAUCAUCUUCAAAAAGUUCGAGGACCGCGAGAUCGGAAAGAUCAACUACAUGGAGUUUAUUCGGACCAUCGAUCCCGAGACGUACGACCAGUACCACAACCGGGCUUCCCGCAGACGAGGCUCUCCAGCCCCAUCCGAAGAGUCGUAUUCAAGCCAUGAAGUCGUCACGAGCGAGAGCGUCAUGAAGCAGCUGAAGCAACACGUGGCCAGCAAACGCAUCCGUGUUGCCGAGUUCUUCAAGGACUUUGACAAACUGCGCUGCUACUCGAUUCCCAAGCACGAGUUUAUCCGCGGCAUCAACCGCAUUGGCCUUUCGCUGACUGACGAAGAAUACGAAGCCCUGGCCGAUCGAUUCAUUGAUAGCAAGAAGCGCGGAUGCUGUCGCUGGAAAGCCUUUGAAGAGGAGAUAGAGAGGGUGUUUGGUGAGACCCACCUCGAAUCUCGUCCAGCCGCUGUGCCUCAGCCCGAGUUUAUUGAGACAGAUCCCUUCGAUACGCACCACCAAAUGGCGCAAGAGGAGCUCACAAAGCUCGCGACCAUCCUGAGUCGCUUCCGAGAGCAUUUGCGGAUCCGCCAGAGCAGCAUCAAGCCCUUUUUCAAGGACUUUGACCGCCUAUGUACCGGCCAUGUCACCAAGGUGCAGUUCCGUCAGUGCUUGACCUACAUGAAAGUCGAUGUCACCGACGAAGAGUUCCAAAUUCUAUGCAAGCGGUAUGGUGUCUCCGGGAAGGGACCCAACCCCAAGGAUCCGAUCAAAGACGGGUCCGAGCGCAUCUGCUACCUCAUGUUCCUGAAGGAAUCUCACCUGAUGCACAUCAAGGAGUGGGAGGAGGAAAUGGAAAGGCUGGAGAAGCAGCAGCGCGAGAAAAAGCCGGCCCAUGAAAUCAACUCCCUCGACAUACUGCUCAGGCAAAAGCGCCAACUAAGCAGCCUGGAAAUCGAGAAGCUGCUCAACAGAAUCAAAAUCAAGGCAAAGUCGGAGCGCAUCCGGGUCAUCGAUUUUAUGGAGGACUUUGAUCAUCUGCGGCACGGGCAGAUCACUCAAAACGAGUUCAGGCGAGCGCUUAAACUUCUCUACUCUAAUUUGAACGAGAUCGAGCUCCGCACGAUCGAAGAUCUAUACAAAUCAGAGAGUGAUCCACGGAUGGUCAACUACGUCGCCUUUUCAGAUGCUAUCGAGUCAGUGUUUACUUCCAAGGGCCUGGAGAGCGAUCCGCUCCACUGUCCGGCAGACUUUGAUCCUCUGCCAGACGUAGAGCCCAUGCUCCUCCCAGAUGACAAACCCGUGUUCGACAAAGUCAUGGACAGGCUUUCGGAACGGGUGGCUCAACGAGGAAUCGAUGUACUCUCGUAUCUGGAGGACUAUGACUUUGUCCGCGAAGGGACCAUCACGACGAACCAGUUCCGCGCGGUGCUCAACGGAAUUGCCUUGCCUGUGGAUGACCAGGAAAUCCUGGCUCUUGCGCGACACUUUACCCACGACAAGAAUCUCGAUCGAAUCAACUAUAGAGCAUUUGCCACGAUGGUGACGGGCAGCACAAAGCUGAACGGCCGCUCCAGUCUCUGGUAAAUCCCCGCGAUCCAAGUCCAGCCCUCACGAGGAUGUCUCCGGGUGGCAGCGGCUGUGGACGAUCUAUGCAUGCCCUACUCUUUCGCUGCUGCACUCAACCGGGCGGUCGCCACAGACUUGCUGGGGUGUGAAGAAAAUGUAGGGCAGCAAGAGGACCGGUCGGAUCUCCCAGCGAGCUGUUUGCACAUGCCACACAAUACGACUCC